CCCGCCUCAGACACAAGCCUAGGAGCUGCCGCCAGCGCAGUCGCUUCGACAGAUCCCGGCGGGGAGCGAGAGCCGAGACCCGGCCCGUGAGCCGCCGCCGCCGCCGCCAUGGGGAGCCGCGUGUCCCGGGAAGACUUCGAGUGGGUCUACACCGACCAGCCCCACGCUGACCGGCGCCAGGAGAUCUUGGCAAAGUAUCCAGAGAUAAAAUCCUUGAUGAAACCUGAUUCCAACUUGAUAUGGAUUAUAAUUAUGAUGGUUCUCACCCAGUUGGUUGCAUUUUACUUAGUAAAAGACUUGGACUGGAAAUGGGUCCUAUUUUGGGCCUACGUCUUUGGCAGCUGCAUUAACCACUCAAUGACUCUGGCUAUUCAUGAGAUUUCCCACAAUUUUGCCUUUGGCCACCACAAGGCACUGUGGAAUCGCUGGUUUGGAAUGUUUGCCAAUCUUCCUAUUGGGGUUCCAUAUUCGAUUUCCUUUAAGAGGUAUCACAUGGAUCAUCAUCGAUAUCUUGGAGCUGACGGCAUCGAUGUGGAUAUUCCUACUGAUUUUGAGGGCUGGUUCUUCUGUACCACUUUCAGAAAGUUUCUAUGGGUUAUUCUUCAGCCUCUCUUUUAUGCUUUUCGACCUCUGCUCAUCAACCCCAAACCAAUUUCUCAUCUGGAAAUUAUCAAUACUGUGGCCCAGAUCAUUUUUGACAUUAUAGUUUACUACGUUUUUGGAAUUAAAUCUUUAGUCUACAUGUUGGCAGCAUCCCUGCUUGGUCUGGGUUUGCACCCAAUUUCUGGACAUUUCAUAGCUGAACAUUACAUGUUCUUAAAGGGAUAUGAAACUUACUCAUAUUAUGGGCCUCUGAAUUUACUCACCUUCAAUGUGGGUUACCACAAUGAACACCAUGACUUCCCCAAUGUUCCUGGAAAAAACCUCCCACUGGUGAGGAAAAUAGCAGCUGAAUACUAUGACAACCUCCCCCAGUACAAUUCCUGGGUGAAAGUACUGUACGAUUUUGUGACGGAUGAUACAAUAAGUCCCUACUCAAGAAUGAAGAGGCAUCCAAAAGGGAAGGAGGUACUGGAGUAAAUAUCACCACGGCCAAAGGAAUUCCUCUCUGAAGUUUUAUAAUAGCUGACAAAGUGGAAUUUUUGCUGAAAACUGAAGAUCAGUGAUGCUUAGAAGCUAUCAUGACACAAUUUCAAACUAGGAUCUUCCUGCUGUUAAGAAACUAAUCUUGGGCUGGGGAUGUAUCUCAGUGAUGGAGCACUUGCCUGCAGCAUGCCUGAGGCCCUGGGUUCAGUCCCUGCCAUCAAGAGACAAUAGAAGCAGCAGCAGCUGCUACUCAGGCUUCAACAGGCAGCCUUACCCCUUCAUGCUCAGCUUUACUCACUGUAUUGUCGUACCUAGAGGAUCUUCACCCAUUUCUGUCAUUUUGUAAACAUAUCAUAAAGAGUAUUUCUAGUGUGUUAUUUUCACUAUAAAGUUUUACUUUAUUAAAAUAGCUAAUGAACUGAGCUGUUAAUCACA